GUAUGCUAGAGUAGUAAUCAUAUGCUAACAAGAGAUAGAUACUGUUACUUGAACAGACAAAAACUACCGUAGUCUUCUUCUCUCUAUCAUCUAGGUUAGAGGAAUCUCCGUAAAACAUGUAAUCACGAAGGAACAAGGGACCCAUCCCUUUUGUUUAAUUACGCUAAUUUCUCUACUUUUUCCUUCUUUAUAAACUCCUCCAUUUCCCUCUCUUUUCUUCAUAACCCAAAAUCCUCUGUUUUUAAAGCUAAUUUAUAAAACAAACAAUGGGCACUUCCUCUGUUUUUCUACUAUUCCUUCUUUCUUUUCUUCUCCUUCUCCCGUCCCUCCUUGCCUCCUCUAAUCCUCAACAAGUUGUCGAUGAAGUACACAGGAGUAUAAAUGGUUCAAGGAGGAAUUUAGGGUAUUUAUCGUGUGGUACCGGAAAUCCAAUCGACGAUUGUUGGCGUUGUGAUCCGAAUUGGGAGAAAAACCGUCAGCGGUUAGCUGACUGUGCAAUUGGAUUUGGGAAAAACGCUAUUGGUGGUAGAGACGGUAAAAUCUACGUGGUGACCGAUUCGGGUGACGACAAUGCCGUCACUCCGAAGCCGGGGACUCUCCGGCACGCAGUGAUUCAGACUGAGCCACUGUGGAUUAUUUUCGCGAGGGAUAUGGUUAUACAGUUGAAAGAGGAAUUAAUUAUGAAUUCGUUUAAAACGAUAGACGGAAGGGGCGCUAGCGUACACAUAGCGGGUGGUCCGUGUAUAACAAUACAGUACGUAACGAAUAUUAUUAUACACGGAAUUCAUAUACAUGACUGUAAACAAGGUGGAAAUGCUAUGGUGCGGAGCAGUCCAUCGCAUUACGGGUGGAGAACUGUUUCGGACGGUGAUGGAGUGUCCAUAUUCGGUGGGAGCCAUGUUUGGGUGGAUCAUUGUUCUUUGUCCAACUGUAAGGACGGUCUGAUUGAUGCGAUUAUGGGGUCUACAGCAAUAACCAUUUCAAAUAAUUACAUGACACAUCAUGAUAAAGUUAUGCUCUUGGGACAUAGUGAUACAUAUACUCAAGAUAAAAACAUGCAAGUAACUAUAGCUUUUAAUCACUUUGGUGAAGGUCUUGUCCAAAGAAUGCCAAGAUGUAGACAUGGUUACUUCCAUGUGGUGAACAAUGACUACACACAUUGGGAAAUGUAUGCUAUUGGUGGAAGUGCUGAUCCCACUAUCAAUAGUCAAGGGAACCGAUUUCUUGCCCCUGAUAUCAGGUUUAGCAAAGAGGUUACAAAGCACGAGGAUGCACCGGAGAGUGAAUGGAAGAAUUGGAAUUGGAGGACCGAUGGGGACCUAAUGUUGAAUGGUGCAUUUUUUACGCGAUCAGGAGUUAGAACUGGUUCAUCAAGUUAUGCUAAAGCUUCGAGUUUGAGUGCAAGGCCGUCUUCAUUAGUAGCCAAUCUUGUGUCUAGUUCUGGUGCACUCAACUGUAAAAAGGGUUCUCGUUGCUAAUUAUUAUUAUUAUUUCCUAAAAAAGACACAAGAACCAAAGCAAAAGGGGAUUAAUUAUUUAACUUGGUUUUGAAAAAAGAAAAAGGAUGUAAUUUGAAGAAAAAAACCAUCUAGUGAGGGUGAAAAAGUAAGGGACAAGAAGUUUAGGGUUGUGCUUUUAAUAUCAUUUUUUCACUCCCUUUAUUUUUAUUUUUACUUUUUAAGUUUUUUUUGACUUGAUUGUCAAAUACAACCUCGGCCUGUUAUUCUCAGCCAUUGGGACUUUUAGUUCUUGUUGGUUUUAGAGAGAGGCAAGCUAAGAAGUGUUGAUAUAUACAUCAAUAUAUAUGUAUUUAUUUUUG